AUAGCAACGUGUUUGUUUGUGGUUUUCCCCUGACACCCGGUGAGACGAUUAAUAUUUCUUACAAAUCGAUGAACAGAGGUGAUAUAGUCAACGAUGAGCCACGUUGAACAUCUGACUGACCGUGUCGAAGCUUUACAACUCGACAAAAGAAAAAACAGUGAACAGAAACGCCAAGAAAGGAUAUUCAACGACAGAGUUCGCACGAGCGGAGUUGACAGGGUUGCUCUCGACCAUCAGGUAAAAGAAAGAAGAGAGAAAGAGCAACGAGAAGCGGAUGAACGUGAAGCCUACGCGAAUGACCUCAUCUGUGGUGAUCGUGCCGCUUGUGUCCUGGACCAGCGACAGACGAAAGAUGAGCGCCUCCUGAAUGAAGCCAUCGUACAGUUCAGACAACAGUUCCAACAGGCCAGCUGCAGCCGCGAGUUUGACCUGAACGACCCAGAGCGGCUGAAGAAACAGGAGGGGAUGAAGAUACUAGCAGAGCUGACAGGAGAGGAUUUAUCCUGUAAGGAGAGACAGCGAAAGCAGAAGGAGCAGCUCAGAGGAUGGUGCAUACAGCAGCAGCAAGAACGAGAACAAACAAAACAACAGCUAAAACAAGAACUGCAUCAGUAUGAUCAAAGCAGACUUUCUUUGGACAACCGAGCUCUUGAAUUAGAGAAGAUGGAGAAGCAAUUCAGGAGAGCGGCAACCACUGCCACCAAAGACUAUAACUUGUCAUUGGCUGCAGAAAUUACACAGAGACGUUUGCAAGAGCAUCGUGAGGAGGAAGAAAACAACCGGACGGACAUUGUGAACCAGCUGAACGGAGACCUGCUGACUGAAAACCCAGCACAGAGUGCUAGUGUGCUGGGUCCGUCUCGCCUCCGCAGGGACUGUUACAAGGGAAUGAGCCCAAAAGAGCUUGAACAAUACACUCUGGACCAGCAGCAGCAAGCAGAAGAGAAGAAGCGUGCUUGCAUGGAGCAAAGGGAGAAGGAGAUGAAGGAGUAUAACUUGCGAAUGGCAUCAGCUCGUGCUGCACUGCUGCUUGAAAGACAGCAGGCACGGGCCAAUGUGGAGCUACGCAGGGCAUUGGACAACACCAACGCCCAGCUGGCCCAGGCCCACAAUGCUCAGCAGAAACAUAUUCACAAGGUUUAUACCAAUAUUCUUGAUGAGCGCUAUUUUUCCCAGUUUAAUAGCAGCAAUAGAUAAAAAGAGUUACAUUGAAAACCUGAAAGAACACCAGCAA